AUGGAGACGAUAACAAUACCUUCUCCAUCGGCAUUUCUUUCCUCCCCUGUUCUCAAGCCAGCACCAGAACCACCUCCACCACCUAAAAAACGAAAGCAAUCGACUUCCAAGCCAUCCGCUGCUCAAUCCUCAAAGAAAGAACAUAGUAUCAACAAACCUAAGCAAUCAAAAAGUCGGAAUGGUUGCAUAACUUGUAAAGCAAAACGAUUAAAAUGCGAUGAAACAAAACCCUCUUGUCAGCAAUGUCAUAAGAGGGGAGUUUCCUGUGGAGGAUAUAAAAAAGAUUUCAAAUGGAGGCCAUUCGAGGAGGCUACAUUUACAAACAAACCGCCACCGCCACCAGCCCCUCAAAAAAGAGGUUCAAUAGCACUGGAAAAAGCACCAGAUAACUCUACAGCUGCAAGUCCAGUAGCUUCUGAUGGAACGGCUUCUACCCCCGGCGGAGAAGAUACGCAGAUGCAAGACUCGUUUUUCAAUGCCGCAGUGCCUUCCCCGUCUACUUUUGAUGUCUCGACUUCGCUUCCGGAGCUUCAUUCGGGAUUCUCUCCUAUGUUUGAUAUGAGCACGCCUACUUUUAGUCAGGAGGAUUCUCAACGCUCUCGGAUUGAGCCGGAUUCGGUCACAAGCAGUCUAAGUAGCAUGUUUGAAGACACCGGUCUAGUCACACCAACAAGAUCAAAUUUCUCUGGUCAGUCACCAAGAUUAACAGAUCUAUUACAGUCUGGAUCGGAUCUGAAUACAAGGCCGUCAUCCAUGUCCAUGGCUUCGUCCAUUCCUAUGACAUCAGCAAUGAUGGGUAUGCCCAUGUCAAGCCCUAACAUGACUCAAUUUCAAAUGACGAAUGAUUCAUCGCUGGAAGAUGAUAUUGAGGAAAUCAUUCGAGAGCCUCCCUUAUCUGAUGCUGAUAUGUGGUUGGCCAUGAGUCCCUUUCAACCUCAAUCAAGAUCUCCCAGUGCAUCUCCUAGGAGUUUUAGUCCAAUGUAUCGACAGCCGGAUGUGCCGGCCGGUAGCCCAGAGAUGCUAAUGCUUAGAUUUGAUAAGCAGACAUGUGGCAUUUUAUCUGUCAAAGAUGGCCCUACAGAGAAUCCAUGGAGAACAUUAGUUUGGCCUCUUGCACGCGAUUCCCCCGCAUUGUAUCAUGCUAUCGCAUCCAUGACCGCCUUUCAUACAUCCAAAGAGAAGCCCGCCCUUCGCGUCGACGGCAUGGAACAUAUGCGUCGCAGCAUUCGAUCUCUCGCGACAGGAAUUGAAAAAAUGCGCACCGAUACUGCACUCGCCACAACGCUUGUCCUCGCAUUUGCUGAGUCUUGGGAUCAGCAUAUUUCAACUGGGAUUGAACAUCUCAGGGGUGCAAAAAUCUUGGUUAAUCAAGCACUCAUAAAACACAACAAAAGGAGUCUUGUGGGUGAUGAUCUCGCCAGAUUAAAAUUUCUUUGCAACACUUGGGUUUACAUGGAUGUUAUUGCUAGGUUGACAUCGAUUGAUGAUGAAGAUUCUACAGAUUUUGAGAACAUUCUUUCGCCGCUUAAUAAUCUCUCUACCAAUUCCUUUUCUUCUGCUUCUUCUUCUUCCGCCAACGUCACUCCAAUGUCAGAAAUCGACCCCCUAAUGGGUAGCGCGGCAACACUAUUUCCUCUAAUUGGUCGCGCUGCAAAUCUGUGUCGCAAAGUACAAAAAUCGAAAUCAAAUUCUAUAGCCAUAGUAUCACAAGCCAUGGAACUCAAGCAAGAAAUCGAGCAAUGGCAACCUUCAACCGCAUUCUCGACUCCUGAAGAUCCAACUUCCGAAAUUCAACACGCUCUUCAAACUGCCGAAGCCUAUCGUUACGCUACUCUUCUUCAUUUACACCAAGCCGUCCCUGAAAUCCCAUCUUUAACAUGUGCAGAACUUGCGAAGAAAGUCCUAGUUUUCCUGGCUACGGUACCGCUUAGCAGCCGCCUCGUUAUCGUUCAGAUAUAUCCACUCUUGGCAGCAGGCUGUGAAGCAAAGGAUGCCGAAGAUAGAGCCUGGGUUAAUGAAAGAUGGGCAAGUAUGGGAAGAAGAAUGUGGAUUGGGAAUAUCGAUCGCUGUUGGGAAGUCAUGCAGGAAGUGUGGAGAAGAAGAGACGAAGUUGCUAGGAAAAAAGAACAGGAAUUGAUGAGGAAGAAUGGCGGUAGAAUGGGAAUGUCGGGGAUGCAUGGCGGGCCCAGCGAUAAUAUGAGAAGGUUCGAGGAAGGAAUGGAGAAUGGAAUUGGAAAUGAAGAGAUUUCAUUUUCGGAUCUGUUGAAUCUCAAUGAAAUGGGGAUUAGAGGGCAGAGUAGGAGAGCUUCACCGGUGGGAAACAGACAAAGACAUAGCAUUUCGGGGCCGUCUCAGGGAUCAUUUGGGGAACUCAUGGCUCAAAGACAAGCCGCGGGUCUUAUUACGGAGGAGAUGGACCAGGAGUUGACAGUUAGAGGAAAAUUGCAUUGGGUGGGUGUCAUGAAGGAUUGGGAAUGGGAGAUCCUACUUGGCUAA